AAACCAUUCAACAAGACAAGGCUGACGGAGCACAACCAGAAGCGGGCGACGCGAUCAACACCACUCACAUCACGCCAGCAUUGAUUUGUCGCUGAGUUGAGUUGAGUGGGGUGGACUGCCUGGUCUCUCUUCGGAUCGAGCGCGUGUAUCGGCUGUUCAACAACCAGGCAAGCAGCGAUCAACAAGAACAAGAACAACAGCAACAACAACAACAACAACAACAACAACAACAACAACAACAACAAGAACAACAGCAUCAACCACCACCACCACCACCACAACAACAACAACAGCAACACCGAAGAAAGCAUGAACCCCAAACAUGCUGACGUGCAGCGCAGGUUCAGCGUGGCGCACGACAAGACAAGCAGGCGCUACAGCGUGGCCAUCUCCGCGGCCUCGGCUCGCCCAUCCCGCCUCGGCUUGAACGUGGUGGGCAGAAGUGGCACCGGCAGCGUCACUGGGACUCGUGGGGGCGCGCACCUGCGCAGCAGCAACAGCAGCAACCUCAUCAGCGCCCGCAACAUCGACAAGGGCACACCAGGCAGCGCUGGAAACACGGGGCGGCAGCACCCACGGAACAGGAACAUGCGGCAGGAGCGGGUGUCAACCGCCUCUUCCGCCGCAAGCCUCAGCCCCCUCUCAAAACCACGCUCUGGAAGUCAGCGAUCACGACCCACCCGCCGGUUGACAAACAAGGCCACGUUCAGGCGCCGUCUGCCAGGAUGGAAGGGCUAUCAGGCCCGCAAGAACGCAGAGCUUGCGCAAGCGGUGAAGGUUGGCGACAUUGAGCGGGCGAAGCGAUUGCUUCGUGAGGGCGCUGACAUCAACGCAACGGAGCGCGGCAACCACAAUCGCAGUCUCGUGCACGCGUCUGUGCAGUUUCUUCAGGACGACCACCAGCUCUGCAGUGAAGUGGUUGAUGAGUUGGCUGAUCUUGGCGCGGACUGCACAUGUGUCGACGACAUUGGCAACUCUCCGCUACACCUUGCAUGCAGCCUUGGCAACCUUCCUGCGGCUGAAGUGUUGUUGAACCAGAAUCUGAGCCCAGUUCAGACAAACAAGCAGGGCUCCACACCGCUGCAGCUGGCGGUGGAGAACGGGAAUGCGUCCAUGGUGCGACUCUUGCUGACCCAUCAAGGGUCACAGUCGGCCGUGCGCACACUGUUCACGACACCGCAGGACCACAUGCACACGCGCAUGCGCAGUGACGUGUACCGAUCUGCACUGGACAGCAACGCCACCGCUGUCCUCGCUGAGCUCGUGCAGUUCCACACACGCGUCGGCGGGGUGUCUUUCGAUGACAUUGCAACGCCAACUUUGGAGCUGGCAUCCUUGUCAUAG